GGGCUUAGGGUUCCCUUCUUCCGUGGAAACCCAAAGCCGAAGACGCCAUUUUCAGACGCGUACGAGCGACCUUCUCCUCCUCUUUCCUUCCUUCCUUCCUUCCUUCUUCGGCGUGCGCUUGUGUCGGCGGCGAUCGGCGGCGCUCCAUUUCGAUCCUUCAGGGAUUCGCGAUCUCAGCCGUCCGAAUCCUGCUCGAAAGCUCGCGGGAGCUUCGGAAUUGCUCGCCCUCCUCCCCGAUUUUCGCGAUCGGUUCUGUGUAUUCGGCCUCCGGUUCGUUUGAUUUUUUCCAGGGAGUUCCGACCGGUCCGAGUCGCGGCUCACGAUGGUGGAUAGGAAGCUGUUCAAGACGAAGCUGUGCGUCUUGUACCAGAGAGGUCACUGCAACAGGCAGAGUUGCUCGUUCGCUCACGGGCAAGCGGAGCUCCGGCGAUUCGUCGGCGGCCCCACUACUGGUAGGAGGGACUACCGAGGUGGUGAUUUGAGGAAUAAAAUUGGCAGAAGGUAUUCUCCUCGGAGGAGGUAUUCGCCGGGAAAAGAUGCAAGAGCUCGCCAUGGAUUUCAUGGAUACAGCCCUUCAAGGUCCCCUGAGGAAAAUAGUGACAGAAAGCGCAGGAAGAAGCAGCAUUUGGAUGGUCAAAGUGACGCUUCAGAUCUCAAUCUUCCGGAGGAGGCUGAAGAUCGAGAAAUAGUAGGGAAAUCUACAUCGUCCCAGUCCAAGUUUGCUCUUCUGGAUCAGUUAAAGCAGGUAAGGUCAGAUAUCAACAUGCUGAAGCACCACAAGAAUCAGCAAGAGAUGUACCUGGAAGAACAACUUCAAGAGGCAGAUAGUCUAUCCUCUAAAAUUCAGGAGCUUGAAGAUCAGUUGCACAAAGAAAAGAAAGAGUGCAAAAGGAUCACAUCAAAGAUCAAGAAAUUCGUCAAAGCGCAUCAGCGAUAUUCACGAUCACAAGAUGAACUGAAAAGAUCAGAACUCCAACUCCACAAUCUGGGAGAUCAGCUUGGCAUGGAUGCUAUUGGUGUUGGAAACAAUGAAGAGGACUCGAGUGUCAACAUCGUCAGUGAUGGAGAGCCUACUGGGAAUUAUGUUGCUAGCCCAAAGAGUAGAUUAAAGUAUUCACAGGGGAAAGCAUAUCCUCAAGUGAAUGAUGACAAAGAUGAAGAGGGAAUGGACAAAAGAAUGGUCCUAAGCAAGCUGAUGAAGGCAAGAGUAAGAGAGAGAAAGCUGUAUCUUCUAGCAUUUCUUCAGCAGAGAAGGUUCUGCCUAAAGGACCUUUGAUUGGGAUGACACUACCACCAACAGGCAUGGCUGCUCAUGCUAUUGAUGAACUUGCUGAUAUUGAAGAAGAGAACAUUGAAUUAACUGAGCUUGCUUCAGCAGGAAAUGAGGUGGCUGUAUCAAAAGGCUUUCCUUCAUCAAUACAGUCAGUGCCCAGUGUUCACAAGAAUUCUUUUUCUCAGUAUAAGCAUAAUAGUGAGAACGUGGACUUGAAGGGGCUGGGGGAGGAGACAGUGAACGUGGAUAAUGUGUAGGAUCAUCCCAUGCCUUAGAUACGAUUUAUUAUCUUUGUGAGAUUCUGCGAGCCUUACAUUUUCGGGGGACCUGGCUUGUGUACAGCAUUUAGUUAGUGGGAUGUACUCCUCUUAUAUGUACCUUCUUACUAUUCUCAGUAGCAUUGGAAACUGGAAACAUGAUGAACUGUAGUCCUCCUUUGAUCAAAGACGUUGUAACUUGUGUCACUUGCCAAAUCGUGUUAGGCUACCUUUUAUCCUCCUAUGUACAUAGGGUGAAAUCUCGUUGAAACAUCUUGAUGUGUUAGCCAAGAUGACUUAAAUAUGAUGAACUGUAAGUCCUCCUUUGAUCAAA